AUGGACGCCGGCGAAACGGACACGGGACAAGGCGCGGCCGUGGAGACGGCGCCGGCCUCCUCUUCGUCCGACGACGUCAACGAUCUCGUCGCGGUGGGAGAAGACGGAGGGAGGGGUGCGGCCCCGGCGCCGGCGCCCGCGCCGAUGAUGGUGGGGGUCGUCGUCGCGAUCAGCAUGAAGAGGCCGGGGCCGCGCGUGCCGCGGCCAAGGCGGAGGCGCGCGGUGGUGCGACCGCCCGCCGCCGCCGCCGGGUCCGACCACGGCGCGCGGCGGACCAAGGAGUUCAUGCAGUGGCGGGAGUGGUACCUGCGCAAGCAGCGCCGGGAGAAGGAGAGGGCGUGGUUGUACUACGCCGGGAUACCGCCGCCGGGCAGCUAG